AUGACUAGUAAAUUAAAACGGGUUGCUGUCGCACAAUUAUGUUCAUCCGCUGACCUGACCAAAAACUUAAAAGUGGUAAAAGAAUUGAUAUCUGAAGCCAUUCAAAAAAAGGCGGAUGUCGUUUUUCUCCCUGAGGCAAGUGACUAUCUUUCUCAAAACCCUCUUCAUUCCAGGUAUUUGGCACAGAAAAGCCCCAAAUUUAUUCGGCAAUUACAGUCAAGCAUUACCGACCUUGUCAGAGAUAAUUCACGGAAUAUAGAUGUUUCCAUUGGGGUACACUUGCCGCCCUCAGAACAAGAUUUACUUGAAGGCAAUGAUCGAGUCAGAAACGUUCUAUUAUAUAUCGAUCAUGAAGGGAAAAUAUUGCAAGAAUACCAAAAACUGCAUUUGUUUGACGUAGACGUGCCAAAUGGACCGAUAUUGAAAGAAUCAAAAUCUGUCCAGCCUGGCAAAGCCAUUCCUGACAUUAUAGAGUCUCCAUUGGGAAAAUUGGGCAGUGCCAUUUGUUAUGAUAUUCGCUUUCCCGAAUUUUCUUUGAAAUUACGAUCAAUGGGGGCUGAAAUCUUAUGUUUUCCCAGUGCGUUCACUAUUAAAACAGGGGAAGCACAUUGGGAGUUACUAGGCAGAGCAAGAGCGGUUGACACUCAAUGCUAUGUGCUCAUGCCAGGGCAGGUUGGAAUGCACGAUCUCAGUGAUCCAGAGUGGGAGAAACAAUCACAUAUGAGCGCUCUCGAAAAAAGCUCCAGGAGAGAAUCUUGGGGACACUCAAUGGUCAUUGAUCCUUGGGGUAAAAUAAUAGCGCAUGCCGAUCCCUCUACUGUUGGACCACAACUAAUUCUCGCUGAUUUGGAUCGUGAGCUUUUGCAAGAAAUAAGGAACAAAAUGCCCUUAUGGAACCAGAGAAGAGACGAUUUAUUUCAUUGA